AUGUUCUUCACUGCCGUUCUAUUGUCUUUGACCAAAGUUGCCUCUUCAUUUGUUAUUGGUACGGGUGUAGUACCCAUAGGCUGCGGUCCCGCCUGUGAAAUUGGUACAUGGUCAGAAUGGAGUGAAUGGACCACUUGCACCACGGCUUUGACUGUGACUUCACAGUCCCGAUUUCGCACUUGCUCCAUGACAUCUUGCGCCGGCGGUUCUUAUAGUGAAGCAAGACCUUGCACCAUAAUGGUACCGCCUCCUGCACUACAACCACAGUGGAGUAACUGGGGUCCUUGGAGUUCCUGUAGUGCAUCCUGUGGCGGUGGUGUAUCUUAUCGAGUUCGGUUAUGCAAAGACCCAUGCAAUACUUGCUGUGUUGGAGUAGCGACAGAAAGUAGUACAUGUAAUACACAACCUUGCUGCGAAUGGAGCUCGUGGUCACCGUGGUCACAGUGUAGUGUCACAUGUGGGACAGGAGGCACCACCUACCGUACAAGGCAGUGUAGUUGCGUGGAAGGAUGUGCCGGACCUUCUCAAGAACAAAUAUCAUGUGAUGCUGAUAUCCCAUGUCCUGAAAUUCCUCCACCAAUGCCUAUACUACCACCACCG